AUGAAUAUCGGGGUCGGUGUGGGCGAUUUUAUUAAAAUCCUAGAGCUUGUUAUUCAAGCCAGGAAAAGAUUUGUGGAUGCUCCUCGCCAGUAUGAUGCAAUAUCAAAAGAUCUCAGAAACUUUUCGAACGUCGUCCAAGAUAUUGACGUCCUUUUAUCGGGGUGGGAACCUGAGAUCAAGCAGCAAGAAAGUUUGAAAAGUAUCAGUGACGACUCCAUUUGUCUUUUGCAUGAUCUUCUCGCAAGACUUGACAAGUAUCGAGAACUUGGAUCUAGCAGUACGAGUAUGGCCCAGUGUGCGAAGAAAGCCUGGAAAAGAUUAAACUGGGAUCAGGACGACGUUCAAGAUUUCCGAGGACGGUUGUCGUUAAACCUUGAAUUGCUCAAUGGAAUUGAGAGACAGCUAUAUAGGUAUCUAUAA